AAAAGGGACACCCUUUGAAACGAAGCCGCCUCCGCAACAGAUGACAAUCUCCGGACAUGAGAUGGAUUAGCGGACGGAUCCAAUUCAGAACAUCUUUUGCUUCGUUCAAGAGAGAGAGCACGAGGCGGCGCGUUGCGCGACCAGAUCGUUAAGACGAAUUGAGCUCAGCUUGUCACACCUUACGGAUUUUGUCACGCAAAAAUCGCGUUACAAGCGUGUUGCAUCAGACGAGUGGAAAGCGUCACUUUGGAUGUUAAAUACUGAAGCGAGGUCGCAUGGUCCAUUUUUUUUGCCUGGUGGGUUGACAGCUAAGCGCCGAGCACAGACAUUGACGAGUCUCACUCGUGCUCUGUGGGCGGCUGUGUCCUGUCAUGACGGCGGAGGCGCUCUGCAAUUUUUCUCUGCCGGCAUUGCAGGCUUCAGAAGAGAGCAGCAGCGGGAGGAGGAGAAGAAGAAGAAGAAGAAGAAGAAGCGGCGGCAGCAGCAGCAGCAGCAGAAGCGCACACAUGCCGGAAAGGUCGCCAAAAGCGCCCCAAACUUGUUGGGGAUGCGGCGUUACUCACGGCUCCUGUCCCCUCUCCACCUCCAACCGCCUUUGAAUUUGCCCGGGGCGUCCGCCGGCGACCACGCCCCGCUGAGCGCCCCGACUAACAGCAGAAGAAGAAGAAGAAGAAGAAGCGGCGGCGGCGACCUCCGCCGCGCCAUGCCUCCGAGCCGCUCCAGCUCACGACUGGGCUUCAGCGGAAGCCGCUACUGUGUCUUCAGAUGGGCUCGGCACCGGAGCGGAGCCCCGGUCCUCCCCGACGAUCGGAUCCAUCCCUCAGAGGUGCAAAGUGGCUGGAAAAAUCCUCCUUCUUCUUCUGUUUCUUCUGCCUUCUCUUUGAAGAAUCUUCUGAACGCUGGAAGUUGAGCAGCAGCCGCCGUCCUCUUCUCGCUGUCACUCGUCCGCGGAUGUCAGACAAAUAAAUCGCCGCGGAGCAGCCUCGACUUUGAGAGCAGCGAGCGUCUCACCCUCGAGGGGACGGGUGUAGUAAUGGUUCCGAGUCCUUUCACACCGGCACACCCGCGAUGCUCACGCACGGAUGGGAUUUCAUCAUGUGAGUGUGCACCGGUACGCGCACGCGCUCGCUCGCACGCUCUCAUACACUCUCAGGAGUACGACUGGCAGUAAAUCCGCCCUAAUGGCUCUGAAAGAACAUCACACAUUACACGGCAGCGCGUCGGAAAUGGCAACGCGUGCGGUGCCUCGGAGUGGCUCGUAAACAGAGGACGCCACAUCAGGCGUAGCUGCGACGAGAAAUGGAGGCAAACAUCGGGAAAAGACCAAAAAAAAAGUGAACGCGUGUCUACAAUGUGUCGUGGUCCAGACGCAGAUUUGAGUCGUAAAAGUUGCUCGGCGAAAAAAAAAAAGGAUUAAAUGAUGCAGCGCCAAAAAGGACCCGAGGAAAAACUAUUAAGCGGCCAGAAUUUGACACAGUUGACCCCAAAACUGGUGCUAAUGGAAUAUAGGAACCCAGUUGGGCUCAGAGAUCUGCAGACUCAGAUCAGAUAGCGGAGCGCAGAGUCCGAGGCAAGCGAGGUGAAGCGGCCGCACACAAAUGGGAGAAGUGACGUUAGCGCUCUUUUGCGAUCAGACGGAGCGUUUCGAUUUUUUGAAGCGCUUUUAAGCAUAUAACGCACGCUGAGUUACCCUGUGAGUGAAAUGUGCUAGAUGAUGAAACUCGGCGUGCCGAGUACGCGCGGUUCAAAUUGAGUGGCAAUGGGGCAAACUCUCUUUGAGCGGAUUUGCCCUAAAAUGCCGGUUUCCCGCCAAAGCAAGAUGGCCGACCUCCUUUUCUGAGACGUUUGCGUCAUCUACUUGUGUGACAGACAUGCAUAGCAAAUGUCAAGUUGUUAAGUCAAAUUGGCCGAACAGGCCGAACUUUCAAACAUUUCUUGAGUUAUUCGUGUUGUUUUGUUUUUGCGCGACGGCGAAUCAUCAAAUUUUGCUUCCGUGCUCCGCCCACAUACCGUGAAGCCAAGUCCAACUUCUCACGAUUUAACCUUGUCCGUCUGUCUCGUAAAUGAGGUUGAACUUUGGCGGCAAUGGGACAAAAGUCCUCUUUGUACGCCGCCAGUUGAAUCAAAUGUUUGGAGGUCAAGCGUACGAGUAGACCCGCAGCCUGCAAAACCG